UUCGCAAGUGAAAAGUGCACGUUGUUGUUCUGCCAACUCUCUGAGUUUUUCAGCCUUUUUAUUUAUGAGUUUGAGAGACUCUCACUGUAGAAUGCUUCAAACUUACACACACACAGCUGGUGGGUAGAUAUAUUCAUCCCUCCACGUUCUCUCUCUCUCCCCCUCUCUCUCAGGGGAAAUGAAAGGAAAACAUGAACAUGGUGACCACAUCUCCUCCCUUUACGUCACCGUUUUCAAUUUGCUUUAAAGCGGAGAAUGCAUGCCCCAACUCAAUUCGCAUUCUUUUUAAAUGUCACACGACAACAAGUAUACAAGAAUGGGAAGUUACCGGAAAUGGUUCAAAACAAUUCGAAGAAAGCUAGGCAGAUCAUCUAACAGAGACAUCAUUGUCGUCUACACCAACACCAGCCCAAGCACUCAUGAAGAAUCAGCCAGGUACCAAGAUCUCAACGGCUCUGCUUCAUCAUCUUCAUCAUCCACAAAGAAGUUUUUAUCCCACGAAGAUAUUGCAGCCAUCAAGCUCCAAGCGUUUUUCAGGGGGCAUCUUGCCAGGCAAGCAUUUCGAGCACUGAGGAGCCUGGUGAAGCUGCAAGCCUUGGUUCGUGGGGCGUGUGUGCGGAAACAAGCACGUAUGGCUCUACAUUGCAUGCAUGCGCUUGUCCGGUUGCAGGUCAAGGUCCGUGCACGGCAGCUCCUCAGCGAGUCUGGCAAUGGCAGAUCCGUCGCAGCUUAACUUUGUUUGAUAAACAUGUCUAAUGAAUGUCCAACAU